CAAAAACAGUGAAGAUUCUGUUGGAACUCUAGUCUUUGCUGUUGAAGAAACAUCCUUUCUCUCUUGUCCAACGGUCACAGACUCAGUGUUCUACUCAUAUUUUUACUUCAAUUGUGUAACCGAUUAACCCUCUCAUAAACCCUACUAUUUUUGUUCACACCUUCACAAAUGGCGGCUUCACUCUCUCUUCAAUCUACCUUUUCCUCUAUCUCCUCCGAUUUUAACUCUCCUGGAUUUGCAUUUGGUGUUUAUCCGGUGAGAAUCGGAUUCAAUUCGCCAAUUUUCGGGGCGAAAACUCGCACAUUUGAGCUCAAGUGUACGGGGGAGAAAUUCAUGGAUGUUAAAACUGGAGCUUUGGUAGACAGUGUUGCAGAGGUUUUCAAUGAAAUGGAGAUUAAGGAGCCAAGUGUUGCGACAAUGUUGAUGAAUUUCGAUAGCAGUUUCGAUCCUUAUGGUUCGAUGAGCACACCAUUGUACCAGACAGCUACAUUUAAGCAGCCAUCAGCAACAGAAAAUGGUCCGUAUGAUUAUACAAGGAGUGGGAAUCCUACACGUGAUGUCCUGGAAAGACUCCUGGCACAGCUGGAUAAGGCUGAUCGAGCAUUUUGCUUCACUAGUGGAAUGGCUGCUCUUGCUGCUGUCACUCGUCUUAUUGGAACUGGCCAGGAAAUUGUUGCCGGAGAUGAUAUCUAUGGCGGAUCUGAUCGGUUAUUAUCACAAGUUCUUCCUAAGACGGGAAUUGUGGUGAAACGAGUUAACACAUCUGAUUUAGAUGAAGUCGCCUCAGCAAUUGGACCUUGGACAAAGCUUGUCUGGCUUGAGAGUCCAACCAAUCCUCGACAACAGAUUUGUGAUAUUCGUAAAAUUUCAGAGUUAGCUCAUGCACACGGGGCUCUUGUUCUGGUGGAUAACAGCAUCUUGUCUCCCGUUUUAUCCCAGCCGCUGGAACUUGGUGCAGAUAUUGUAAUGCAUUCAGCUACCAAAUUUAUAGCUGGGCACAGUGAUAUUAUGGCUGGUGUUCUUGCUGUUAAAGGGGAAAGUUUGGCAAAAGAAGUGUAUUUCCUACAAAAUUCUGAAGGCUCCGGAUUGGCUCCAUUUGACUGUUGGAUUUGUUUACGAGGUAUCAAGACCAUGGCCCUUCGUGUUGAAAAGCAACAGGACAAUGCACAGAAGAUCGCUGAUUUUCUUUCUUCCCAUCCAAGAGUUACGAAGGUUAACUAUGCUGGGCUUCCUGAUCAUCCUGGACGGUCUUUGCAUUAUUCCCAGGCCAAAGGUGCAGGAUCUGUGCUAAGUUUUCUAACCGGUUCUACGGCUCUUUCAAAACACAUUGUGGAGAAAACCAAGUAUUUCAGCAUUACUGUCAGUUUUGGAAGUGUGAAAUCACUUAUAAGCUUGCCUUGCUUCAUGUCGCAUGCAUCCAUACCAGCUGCAGUUCGUGAAGCCAGAGGUUUGACCGAAGAUCUUGUCCGCAUUUCAGUCGGCAUCGAGGAUGUGAAUGAUCUAAUUGCUGAUCUGGAUCAUGCCCUGAAAACAGGGCCUGUUUAGCAAAUUUAUGUUAUCUUAAUUGUGAAUAUUCCAAUUAAUGUACAAUAUUCUAAUUGAUGACGAAUUAAUAAAUAAUGUAUGAUUCCAAUUAGGAGAAUUCUGGGACUUCCAUUUCCAAAAAAAUACCUCAAAUAAUGAUGGGUAUGGGAAUGGAAAAUCCAUUGGGCUAUUUCGACCUUAAUCUGCUUAUAUGAGAUCAUCUCUAAUUCGAAGCUCAAAUAGGGCUCAAAAGGAGAAAGGUAUUCUUCCAAUAAAAUUAAUAGAACAGAGGGUCAUUUAUUUUA